AUGGGUGGUGUAACGAAGCUCACUCGGGAAGGCUGGUUUUUUGUUGGCCUUGCAUCGUCGUUUCCGGACACCACACCAGGGGAUCUACCACUGUGUGAACCGCGCUCGUCCGCCAGGGGGUGCAAGGUCUUCCGCGUGUCCAGGCAACCCUAUGGCGAGGUAGUUCAGUUCGAUGUCUCUCCGGAGACGAGCGCGGACGGGCUCAGGGACCAAGUGCUCGUUUUUAAAUACAAAGGCAAAAUGUAUGCCGUAGAUCAACAAUGUCCGCAUUCGUCGUACCCUCUUUCAAACGGAUCUGUAUUCGAUAUCGAGGACUUUGGGCUUGCACUCAGUGCAGGCAUCACCUGUCCGAAGCACUCAUGGUCGUUCGAUCUUGUCACGGGUAUGGCUGAUCGGGGAAACUACAGGCUGAAAAUUUGGGAAGUUCAAUAUAGAGAUCCUGUUGAGGUGGAUGUCAGCACGACGACGGACCAUGGAGGAAUGGAUGCUGAUCAAGAAAUCUGGGUGCGCCGCAAACCAAGAAUCGGUUAA